AUGCAGGAGAAGCUAGAGGAGCGGCUAAAGCGUGUACGGAUGGAGGAAGAAGGAGAGGAUGGCGAAUUGCCUUCUGGCCCCCUGGGAACUAGUCACAAGCUGCCCUCUGCCCCAGCCUGGCAUCACUUCCCGCCCCGCUACGUGGACAUGAGUUGCACUGGGCUGCGGGAUGUCCAUGAGAAGAAUCCCGAGAGCAUUCUAGACGAGCAUGUACAACGGGUCAUGAGGACACCUGGCUGCCAGUCACCUGGGCCAGGCCACCACUCCCCUGACAGUGGUCACAUGGCCAAUACAGCAGUUUUGGGGAGUACAGCAGGACAUGGGAAGCAUAUGCCCAAGUCAGGAUUGAAGCUGGAUGUGGCUGGCCUGCACCACCAUAGACAUGUCCACCACCAUGUUCACCAUAGCACAGGUCGGCCCAAGGAGCAAACGGAAGCUGAAGCUGCCCGCAGGGUCCAGAGCAGCUUCUCCAGGGGUUCUGAGCCCCACAACCACACCAAGCCUCGCGGCUAUUCAGAGAGCACAGGCGCCACCCCUAAUGCUGGGGACUUGGCCUUUGGUGGUAAGGCUGGAGCGUCCUCCAAAAGAAGCACCAAGAAGGCUGACUCUGGGAAGAAUGCCAAUGCUGAGGUGCCAGGUGCCACGGAGGAUGUGAAAAAGAACCAGAAGAUCAUGCAGUGGAUCGCUGAGGGCGAGAAAGAGAUCAGCAGGCACCAGAAGGCUGGCCAUGGGUCUUCGGGGACCAGGAAGCAGCAGAUCCACAAGAGCUCUAGACCCUUGUCCAUUGAGCAUCCUGGAGCCGUACAUCCCUGGGUCAGCGCUCAGCUCCAGAACUCUGUCCAGCCUUCUCAUCUCUUCAUCCAAGACCCCACAAUGCCACCCAACCCGGCCCCCAACCCCUUGACCCAGCUGGAGGAGGCCCGUAGGCGUCUGGAGGAGGAGGAAAAGAGAACCAAUAAGCUGCCCUCCAAGCAGAGGAUAAAAUCACAGCGGAAGGGAGGUGGCAGGAGUGCCCCACCAUGUGACAGCAACGUUGUGACCUACUACUUCUGUGGGGAGCCCAUACCCUACCGAACUCUGGUGAGGGGCCUUGCAGUUACCCUGGGCCAGCUCAAGGAGCUGCUAACCAAGAAGGGGAGCUACAGACACUACUUCAAGAAAGUGAGUGACGAGAUGGACUGCGGAGUAGUGUUUGAGGAAGUGGUAGAGGACGAUGCCAUCCUUCCUGUGUUUGAGGAGAAGAUCAUCGGCAAAGUGGAGAAGGUGGAUUGA